AUGCCACCACCAACCUUCGCCACGCCACUCCCACAAUCACCCCGCUCCGAUAUCUUGGAAUGGCGGUUCCCGAAACCGUACCACAACCUAACGCUCACGGGCCGCUCUCGCGCAGCAUGGCACACGUCAUUCGUGAUCCCGCAGCUUAACCUGCUGCUGGACGCCGGCAUGGUCGUCAACAACCUCCGGCCCAAGCACAUCUUCCUCACUCACGGCCACAGCGACCACACCUUGCUCACGCCCGCUUUUGUUAAGCGCAGCGACCCGCCAGACAUCUACUGCCCCGCCGAGAUGAAGGAUGCUCUCGACAACUUCAUCAAUGCCAAGACGAUGCUGAGCGAAGGGGGCGGCAUCUGGCCCCCCGAGAGCACAUCGCCGUACCUAAAGAAGUACAAGUUGGACAACACUUCCAACACUUCCGAAACCAAGACCAAGGAAGAAGUUGAACCCGCCGACAACCAGCAGAACCCUGCACGAGAACAAGACCAAGAACAAGAACAAGCUCAAGACGAGUCCCAAAACCAACCGCCAAACCCAGACCCACCCUCAAUCUCAACCCCAAAUCCACCCCCCCAACCCCCCUCAUCACCACCCCACCCCCUCUCCAAACGCACACCAUCCACGGGCCUGCACCCCUCCAGCACCAUAACCCUUCCGGCGCCUUCCCGCCCUUCCAAUCCUACACGGCCAACCGGCCUUCCCCUGCGAGCCCACACCGUGCCCUGCCUGGGCUACCUGUUCAGCAGCCGUCACCCACAAGCUCAAGCCCGAGUGGUCCGCGGCCUGUCGGGGGCGCAGCUCAAGGCGCUGCGCCAGCAGCAGCAGCAGCAGCAAGGUGGAAAUGAGGAUGACGAGGGAGCGGUGAAGGGAAGGGGGGUGGUGGAGCUGACGGCCCCCGUGGCGACGCCCGCUUGUUUGCGUUGUCCUGGGGGAUACCACGGCGGGUACGCUCGCGGCGGGGCCGGCGUGGUUAGACGGGGUGCGGGUGGUGAUCACCGAGUGUAG